AGACCAGGGUGAGUAAAUGAUGACAGAAUUUUCAUUUUGAAGGUGAACUAUUCCUUUUAACUUAAGGUUCAAUUUUCUGGAGUUUUUUUAUUUAUUUUGAAAUCUAAUUCUAAUGAAUUCAAUAGUUAAUAGUAGUAGUGGGAAUUGUAUAAUGUUCUUUCUCAGUGAGUCUCUAUUGGGUCUCUUUGUGUUUGCUUCUAUUGGUGAACGUUGUUUGUCGGAUGAGAAUCAAUAGACUACUGAAAAAGGUUCAAAUAGCUGAUGGUUAUAAUUGUAAAUUUGUAAAGGAAACCAUUAGACAAACCCUGGUCUUAAAACAAACCUUACAAAGUACAAAAGUGUGUAGUGGAGAAUGGGGCUAGUUGGCAGUAGUGUCUCGAGCACAGUCUCUCAGAAACAGCAACAACCUUACGACUCGUAAAGUGUUCGUGCGCCAUCUAGUGGAAUGCACGCAACAGUGCAUUCAAUCUUUCACUUGCGGUUUGUUGACUCCCCUGCCGUUUACUUUCACUACUUUCACUCUGCUAUAAAAAAGGGUCAGACGCAAAUACAAUUGCGUGUCUGUCUAUAACGUCACGUUUACUACCACCCGUUAAACGUGAGUAAAGAAGAAAAAACAAAAAUAGAGUCACGCCCGAAGAUAUACUUUGUGUGAAACCUCGUAGGCGUAUUUUUAACUAUACGUAAGUUACGCUGUUCAGCCAUUCAUUCAGCACCGGGCUAUCGGUUGAGUGAACAUCUUCGUUAAAGCGGAAAUACAAGUUUAAGAACUUGGGAACUUCAGCAAAACGCACUGGAAAAACGUCCUUUUCUUUCCUCCAGGAUUAACAUGGAGACCAUGACAGUGAUAGUUCUGCUCAUCUCAUGGGGUCUUGCAGUGGGAGAACCUACAGGUGUGCAAUAUACUGAAAAAGCCUUCGUUGGAGACAGUGUGCUUUUACCUUGUGCCUGUUCUGGCAUGACUACGUCACUAGUAUGGCAGAUUGGCGUAAGAGUAGUGAGCUUUUAUCCCCAAAACGAGAAUGACAAGAGUCCCAUAAAUGAAUCCUACUUAAACAGGACACAGUUAUUUCUGCAUAUGGAGAAGAGCAACUGCUCCCUGCUGCUCCAUAAAGUGUCUUUGGUGGAUUCAGGCGUGUACACCUGUUAUGUUUUAACCAAUGUAACCAAGGGAAUCACCUCACUGAAGCCUUUACAAGUUAAUCUUACAGUGUAUGAACAUGAAAACGGUACUAAAGGCAUACAAGAAGGAGGUGAAAACAAAGAUUCAUCAUCUGUUCAUAUUGGUAUUCCCAUACUGGCAGUGGUGAUAAUACUGGCUGCUGGCCUGCUUCUAACUCUCAGAGCGCUUAGAAGACGAAAACAAAGACAGAACAUCGUCUAUGUGCCAGCCACAGUUCAGGGAAAUGAAGUGUGAAGAGUUUAAAGGUAUCAUGGUAAUGCAAGGUUCGUCACUGUGAAAACCACUUGAACACAGUUAUAAGGCUGAAGAUUUCAACAUGAUGUAUGUAGACAUUACUGAGUGGUGUGUGUUGAUCGGACUUUCUUGAGACGGUCGCCGUAAGGAGUACUGGUCGCUGGAUUGAAUUGUGUACAUAACACACUGUGAAUAUGCAUCUAUGCAAUAUCCAAUAUCCAUCUAUACAAUUAGUGUACUUUUGUACACCUACAACAUUCCUCCCUGUGGGAACUGUCUUUAGCAAAUCCUUUUCGUUCUUUGAAGAACAAGUAAAACAAGUAGGGGAGGAAGAAACGUGCUGUUUAUAUUUUGCCCAAUGCUGAUAUGUCAUGCAGUAGUAGUUUAUAUUUCAAAGUCCUCUUUCACUGUAUGUAUCAUUUACUAUGCACCCGUCAUCUUUGCUUUACGUUGCUUCUUUACAUACUUUUGUAUGGGUUGUUUUUCUCAGUUGUGCUGAUUUUCAUUCAUGUGGAAGGAAUGUGUGGUUCUCCCUAUGGGAUAUUUGCUUUUUUUACUAUACCAAAUUUCAUUUACUUGAAAUGAAUUGCUAAGUGCUUUAAGCCUGCGGAGGCAAUAAACGAUUUUGUAUUCA